CCCAGUUGUCCUCAACUCCUGCGGAUAACUACACAGUAAUGACCUUUCCGACGCGACGCAUCAAGCAUCUGCGAGCCCUUCCCGGUCUGGAACCUCGGAACGCAUCUUCCCAAGGCAGCCAUGCUGCUGCUCUUGCCUGUGUCUGGAUCCGCUACCAUCGAAGCCGAGCGCCAAUGAGAAGGCCGACGAGGACAUGAGUCUGCUGCUGCGCCCUUCCCCCACCACCGUCUGAUAUCGAGCUCGAUCCUCCCGCUCCCGCUUCCGUCCAAGCGCCGCCGCAACCAAUGUCUUGGGACUUGCUGAAGCGGUUCCUCGAGAGCGAUGUCUUCAACCAGAACCCCUUCCUCUCCGUCUCGUACCUCUCGCGCUAUGCAGAUCACAUAGGGAUUCACUAUGUCCUCUGCAGCAAGCUUCGCCAGUUCCCCUACGAGGACAUCGAAUUCUUCCUCCCCCAGCUAUGCCACUUAGUCAUCAGCCUCGACAACGAGUCGAUGGCCUUGGAAGAGUUCUUGCUGGACCUGUGUGAGGAGUCGGUCACUGCUGCGCUACUGACCUUCUGGCUGUUCCAAACCUACCUACACCAUCUGUCGUCGAAUCCCCAGACCGAGGCGUUCAAGACUUGUCGGCGGGUGUACAACAAGGUGCAGCACGUUGUGUUCGGACUUUCAGAGAUUGCAAGGCACGAAAAGAUCACCGAGAACGUUUUGCCUGUUACUGUUUUGGGGAGCUUCGUCCUCGCGAGCAUCGCCUGCCCCAUCCUCCCUCAGUGGGCGGGGCCUCUUGCCGUCGCCCAGGCCCGAAAACCGCGCCCCGUCAUCGAGACAAUAUCCGAACCCGCCGUCGCUGCGAAUAAAACUGUGCCAACCCGGGCACACACCGUUACUGCGGCCAGCACCCGGUCGAAGCGCCCAAAGGAUGUGCGCGCCGCGAGUGCCCAGGAGGGCAGGACUCAUGAGAGCCCACACAAGUCGCUGGGCAAGGGCAAAAUACCGGCAAGGGCGAGUCGGCCGACUUCAAAGUCCAAGGCCGCUGAACCCGCGCCACGGGAGCGUGAGGAUGCAGACAUGCCCACCCGCCUUGAAGGUCUGGCCCUAGAAGCGCGCCUCAGUUCUGCCUCACUGCCCCUGCCGGAUUCCAGGCCUCGUCUGGUUUCGAGACCAACCACACCCGUGUCGGCCGGCCUACGGCCCUCGGAGACCUUGUCUCGGAAACAUUCGCAUGGCGUCAAGACGCUCCUAAGCCAGGACGAGAUGACUAACCAGCAAAAGACACAGUUGCUCCGGCAGAAUUACUUCCGGUGUCAAACGGCCUUUUUAACAGCGCUGGAAAACAUAUCUAAUCGUCUCGUCGUGGUACCCAAACCGGCUCGCCUGAGCGCGCUGCGUGCCGAGUUGGCGCUGAUUGCGCGGGAUCUCCCGGCCGAGGUGGAUAUUCCUGUCAUAUGCCCUCCAGAUCUCGCGGAUGGCUCCCCGUCCAAGAGCCGCCACCACAGGAUAGUCCGCCUUAACCCGGCCGAGGCAACUGUGUUAAACAGCGCCGAGAAAGUUCCGUACUUGCUGAUGGUGGAGAUUCUCCGCGACGACUUUACCUUCGAUCCGGAGACCCAGGACAACCAGAGGCUACUCACCACUCUGUUGGCGGAACAAGGAUCACGAAGGCGGAUAUUCGACCUGUCCGACUCCCCGAGCAUACCACCUGCGUCCCGGACGCCGGAGCUGGUUGUCGAUAGUGUCUUUGAGCCUGCAUCCGGGGAUUUGGGGAGCUCGCCCUUGGUCAGGCCGUCGGAUGACGGUUUCUUUGGGCCAAGGCCGACGCAAUCGGUCUCCUCUCUGCAUCUUUCCGGUACAAGCACGCCAGCACCUGCUGCUGCUGCCGACAAGACGCCGCCGCGCAGCUCGGGCGGCUCAUCCGAGUCACCAAGCACUUCCAUCAACAGGAGAAGAUUGACACUCAGCAACCCACGCAAUAAUUCGGUCGACCAACCGGACUUCUCGGCGCUCGCGAUCCACAUGCGGACUGCGUCACAGAUGCUCGCGCAACUAGACGCAACAAGCGGCAAGCGGCCGCGGCACGAGGUAGCAGCCAUCAGGGCCCGCAUUAUCUCGAGCAUGCAGAGCCUGGAAGAACAAAGCUUUGAUCUCGACGAUGGGCAGGGGCCAACCUUUGACAUAAUCAUGGCCAAGGCGCAGGCAGCCGCGGCCUCGGCAUCAACGACGGAGGCUAAUGGAGCCGAAGGCGGCGACGACGCCGCCGUAGAACCUAAUCUCAACGCCAAUGCUGGCAUCGACAGGAUGGAGAACGACAUCAAGACGGGCGGUCUCCAGCGCAAAGGCGACCGCGAUGACCCCAGCGCGGCCGUCUUUGGCGAAGCGUGGGAGACCAAAAAGGAGCGGAUCCGCAAGUCGUCUCCGUACGGCUGGAUGAAGAACUGGGACCUCGUGAGCGUCAUCGUCAAGACGGGGUCGGACCUCCGUCAGGAGGCCUUCGCCUGCCAGCUGAUCCGGGUCUGCCACAAGAUCUGGGUCGACGCGGGCGUGCCCGUGUGGGUCAAGCUCAUGCGCAUCCUGGUCACGGGGGAGUCGUCGGGCCUGAUCGAGACCAUCGCCAACGGCGUGUCGCUGCACUCGAUCAAGCGCAGCUUGACCCUCGCGUCCAUCGAGGCUGGGCAGAACCCGCGCCGGCGGAUCGCAACGCUCAAGGACCACUUCGUCAAGGCGUUUGGCAGUCCGGAGAGCGAGGCAUACCGGGCGGGCGUGGACGCCUUCAAGCGGUCCCUGGCGGCGUACAGCGUCAUCUCGUAUGUCCUUCAGCUCAAAGACAGGCACAACGGGAAUGUGCUCAUUGACAACGAGGGGCAUAUCAUCCACAUUGACUUUGGGUUCAUGCUGUCCAACUCGCCGGGCUCGGUCGGGUUCGAGGCGGCGCCGUUCAAGCUGACGUAUGAGUAUGUCGAUGUGCUGGGCGGCGUGGGGUCGCAGGAUUAUGAGGAUUACAAGAGGCUCUGCAAGCAGGCGUUUCAGGCCCUCCGCCGCUCUGCAGACAACAUCAUUGACCUGGUGGCCAUGAUGGGCCGCGAGUCCAAGAUGCCCUGCUUCGGGGCCGGUGUCACGCAGGUCACGGCGGCGCUGAGACAGCGGUUCCAACUGCAGUUGAGCGCCGACGAGGCCGAGCAGUUUGUUGAGACGGAUCUCAUUGGCAAGUCGCUUGGCAGUUAUUACACACGACUUUAUGAUACCUUCCAGUAUAGGACCCAGGGCAUCUACUAGACGGGAUGAUGAUACUAAGGGUGUUGGGGAAAGAGGAAGAGGAG